CCCCAGCGUGCAGGUGAAGACACAACGCAACACCUCCCGUGUUGUUGUGUUUUGAAGGCGAGCAGUACCGCGACGAAAGCCAGCCGGAUCAUCGGGCAAACUCCGGAUUCACACCCACCCACCAAAGACACUUUUGUGUCCCGAGGCAGUCGGACGAAGCUUCCCUGUCGAAAGCCGAAUGCGUGCAUAAUGGGUCUCCCAAGUUGUGGGCGAAAAUGUAAUAAAUCAAGAAAUGAGGAUGAGGGAUGCGUUGUACAAUCUACACAUUAAAAAAGGAGACAAAUCCAAACUUCUAGUAUAAAAUCAACCCCAACCAUUUUCACCCAAUGAGAAGUGAAACGAGGGACUUCAUUGCUAUAUUAAGCUUUUAGUCCAAAGCUAUUUUAUGCUAGUUUCCUGUUCAUAGUCAAGUUACGAAUAAACUGGAUAUUAUAAAUCAUUUCAUUUUGAAUACGCGAAAAUAUCUUGCGAUUACGUCAUAAUUAUUGAAACAUCAGCUUAACGCUCAUUUAGCAAUCAACACUAAACGACCCAAAACAACCGUAUUCCCCUGUAUAUGAAGAUUUUGAAGACCAACAUUACAAGUAAAAUACCGCGGACUUACAAUGGAAAUUACCCAAAUUAUAAUGAUACAUUGUCUAAGUCACUAGAUUACAAAAAGCAGUCUCCUAUAUCAUGUUGUCUCUUUCAGCUUCAUUAUUACACUAGCUCCGACCAACUGCUUCUUAAGAAAACGCCCAAUCAAUUAUUUCUCGAUGUAAUGUUUUGUUCGCGUAUAUAACAUGCUUGCAAACUUAAGUUGUAUAUCUAUUCUCUACAAGGUGCAUGUGCAGACUAAACGUCUUCGACGCGAUCGGUAGUUCUCGUUUCGUGAAAAGGGAAUACAUGAACACCAAUGAGUGCAAUUUUGAAAUACUAUGGUGCUCAGUAGGCCUAAAUGUUUUACUUCGGAAAGUCUCAAGUAAACACUAAAAUGCAAGCUCUCGCUCAAAGAAAUUAGUUUCCCUAUCUUUUCUUUAAAAUUUUGGACAAUACAGGAGAACUUGCUACCUCAAUUGUGUGAAUGGUCGCAAUCAGCAACAUGCGACCAUUUUUGCGUCCCAAAGGGCACUCGUUAUGAAACCGGGCAAAUCCCGUGGUAAUUGCAGAUGUGCCUCAGAAAAUGAGCUGGAGAUUUAGAGACUUGUCGGAAGAAGCCUCACUAGAAAAUGCAACGACUCGUCGCCGUAAUUUUCAACGACUUGUAAGGAUGAGUUCACUUUCGCUGAUUGCGUCUUAGUGUGUUCAUUUACGUCUACCGUCGUCGUUUGGCUCAUUAUCCGCACGAUAUUGCGACUGAGAGUAUCGCAAAUCUCACUGCCACUUCAUUCCCCACUUCAAUUAGUCGAUCACUGGAAGUGAUCAUUUCCAACAGGCUUAUUAUGACUGAACUGAAAUUUUUUGCACGACCGACACAUUUGAAUAUAUAAGGUCAUGCUUUUAUGUGGUGGGUUUAUUAUGAGAUCACCGCACAUAGGGUGAAGGUACAGGAACUCCUUGGUUUAUUUUGGCUUGAUGUACUGCUGGUUCCACUCUCGGUUGAUGUAUUGUUAUUGGUUGUUAUCUAUUAUUGUUUAUAUUGAUGACUGUGUUCAUAAGUUUGAAAGUAUUCCCUUAUUCUCGGUCGAAUUGUCUAAAGAGCUCCCAUUGCAAUCGAGCUUUCUACUACAUUUCUGAAUUCUGAGGACACCGUUUGAUUCACCAUAAUAUUGGGUCCCACAUCAGUUUCCACAUUUCAACCAUCAUCCGAAUGUCUCAUCGGUGGCGUAGGUCCUAAAUCUGGGAAUGGGGUGGGGAUGACUUGAAAAUUGCCCGGCCGUGGAAAUUAAAAAAAAGAAAAAAAAAACAAAACGGAGGAGGAGAUUGCUGAACCUCAUACGACUCUAGAGGGCGCUUUAGUGAUUUUGUACUCCCUUUUCAGUAGACCUACAACUGGAUGUAUUUUGGCUGUGCCGAAAUACGAAAAAUACCUCAAUAUCUGCCCAUAGUUCUUACUAAGAAAAUGUACCGGUAUGUGUGUGGGUGUAUGUACCUGGAGGUGUUCAGUAGCCCAUCCCCUCACCGCUCCAGGGUUUAUGUCCCUGUGUCUCAUUCUCUUUCUUCAUGGAACACAAUUAUUGUAUGUACCUUCUCUCCUCAAAUGCAAAUUUAUAUUCCAGAGGAGCUGAGCCAAAAUCAGAUUUUAAAUUCAACUAACUAAGAUUAGUGUAGCAAUCGGCCAUAAGAGAAUACAGGGGAUCCCCCUCUUUUUGGAGGGGGGUCUUAAAUAAAACGUGCUCUUUUAAACAUUUCAUUUCUACCACUUAGCUAACUUGACGUUACAAAUUUUCAUAAGUCUGGGACUGACUGAUGAUCGCUCGCCAGUACAGAUUCGACUCCAGGCUUAUACACGUAUCCAACUACACUGCACAUGUGCAUCCAUUUCUGCGCACGCUAAGUGUGUACCUAGCCUGCGUGUACAGGAAUUAACGGCCCGGCGUGAUCCAAUGAACAGACUCGAGCGUGCAUUACACAAUGGCUGCAGUACAAAAGGUUAUUGAUAUCAUGCCGGUAUAAUGCGUAAUCAGUGGUCAAUGUACCCAAGGCUGAUACAGCAGUUUGCCGUUGCCAUAAAUAGCACAAGAUAAACGGCGUCGGCGAUGCUCCAUGAUAAUGUACCCAACAUGGCAUACUCUGUCACCAUUUUAGGUCUGCUGGAUUUGCGGACGGUUCUCGUGGCCUGUGUCGUCUUUCUGACUCUGUCAUGGUUGAUCCGGAGACCACGUAACCUCCCCCCGGGUCCCUGGGGAUGGCCGCUCAUCGGCAGCCUCCCCACCCUGGCCAUGGCGCCCGGGGAUCCCCACGAGAUCUUCCAGCGUAUGGCCCAGAGGUACGGGCCUGUCUUCACUCUGAAUAUCCUGGGCCAGAGGCUUGUCCUGGUGCAUGGCUAUGAGGCCAUACGGGAAGCGUUCCAGCACCCAAGCCUUAGCGACAGACCUGAGCUGCACUUAGUUACACAAAUGUUGAACGGCUCCGAAGGAAUUGCCGCUGCAUCAGGUGAAAUCUGGAAAGAGCAGCGCAAACUAGCACUGAACGUCUUCAAAAACUUUGGCGUGGGCAAAUCGAGCUUCGAGGAUCAGAUAGCCACCGAGGCAGAGCACAUGAUGAACGAGAUGCACAAACUGGAAGGGAAAGCCUUCAACCCGGAUAAGCUCUUCAUGACAGCCGUGUCUGACAUCAUCGCCGUCGUGGUGUUCGGGAAGCGGUUCGAGUACGAUGACCCAGAGUUUCAGCGCAUUCUGGCCUCCAUUCACCGCAACUUGGAGCUCAUCGGCGCUGGAGCAGCCAUGCAGUUCCUUCCCAUCACCAAGUACCUGGGUUUCCUCCCGAGCAUGCAAGAGAUGCGGAAGAACAUCCAACUGGUAGUCAACUUCACCAAGAACAUCAUCGACAGGCACUUAAAGGAGUUUGAUUCGGACGAUAAACGGGACUUCAUGGACAUGUACAUCAGCGAAAUGAAGGAGAGGGAGAAGCAGAACACCAACACAGUCCUGAGUGUAGACAAUCUGAUCAGUGUCAUCAACGAUCUCUUCGUGGCGGGGACCGAGACUACGGCCACCACCCUCCGAUGGGGUCUGCUGUAUAUGAUCCUCCAUCCUGACGUCCAGGAGCGUGUCCAGCGAGAGAUUGAUGCCGUGGUGGGCCGCAACCGCCUGCCCAGAAUGUCCCACCGGUCAGAGCUGCCCUACACGGAGGCUGUUCUGCUGGAACUCCAGCGAAUCGGUAACAUCGUCCCCCUUGGUGUCCCGCACAGGGCGUCGGAAAACACCACCUUCCAGGGAUACACAAUUCCCAAGGACACGUUCAUCGUUGCUAAUCAUUGGGCCCUCCAUCGCGAUCCGAAACUCUUCCCAGAGCCGGAAAAGUUCAGUCCUGAGCGGUUCCUGAAUGCUGAUGGAGAGGCAGUGAAACCAGAGGAGCUGAUUCCUUUUAGCACGGGACGUCGUGUAUGUCUGGGUGAGCAACUAGCAAAGAUGGAGCUCUUUAUAUUUUUCACCUAUCUCUUGCACCAGUUCACCUUUAAAAAGCCUCAAGGAUCCCCGCCGAUCAACCUCAAGGGGCACCUUGGUAUCACCUUAGCGCCUGUACCUUUUGAAGUGUGUGCCAUUCCUCGUUAAAUAACCUUCUGGAGCAAAACUUGCAUUUUUGCUGUUGGAGGAAGUAGAAAAGAAAUUCGAAACUGAGAAAAUAUGCAAGCUGCAGUGAACAACGAGAUUUCCCGAGAAUACGAGACUUCGCACCUUCAUUUUCAUUUUUACAUACUUUUUAAUAAACGAAGCGUGUAAAUUGCAAAUGUGCGAUUUUGUGUGAGAGAAAAAUUUCAAGGUGUUGACUACCGGAGACAAUGCUUACUGGAUGAUUGCUUUCAAAUUGUGUGUGAGAAUCUAGAGUUUGAAUUUUACAAAGAUAUCUAUCUGAUCAACUGUCCUUCAAGCCACGUUUCAAACAAGUAGUAAAGACUGUAAUGUUUAUGCCGUAAAAUCACUCCAAAGUUACCCACCCCUGCCUUAUCAAUAAAGUUUUAUUUUUCCUCGCAAGGAAUUUGACGGCUUAUAUUGAAAAAAAAUCGCUUCAGUGAACAAGACCAAGAUCUACAAUAAAUCAAACGCAAAAUCAACAUUUUAAAGUAUCUUUGCAGAGAUUUGUCUCAAGAAGACACAGAAAAUACAUUAAUUUUCAACGACUUGUAAGGAUGGGUUCACUUUCUCUGAUUGCUUAUGUGUUAAGUUACGUCUACCUUCGUCGUUUGGCUUGUUUUCCGCACGAUAUUGCGACUUGGAGUACCGCAUGUCUCAUUGCCACUUAAUUUCCCACUUAGUCCAUCACUGGAGGUGAUUAUUUUAGUUUGAACAGGCUUAUGUGACAAACAAAAUUUUUGAACGAAAACAUGAGUAUGAGCCUCAAGCUGGACUAAGAGGGCACCAUCUAAUUAGCAACGGAGGUUCCUUUGGUAGGAACUGAACUUCACUGAUUCACGAACGACUAGGAAAUGCACGCGUUAUGGUCGCAUAGCAACUAACAAAAUACUCCCAACCAAUGUGAUCUUUUCAACCGAUGAGGGAGUGCUUCUGCUCCAGGUGGAUAGGGCAUACCUUUACGUUCCAGGUUCCUUAUUAGAUCACCGCAUAAAGAAGGAAGGUACAGCAAUUCCUUGGUCUGACUUGAUUUACUGCUGCAGCACCCUCAGUUCAUAUAAUUAUUAUUGGUCAUUAAACCACUAUUGUGACGUCACCCUAUUCAGUAAAGUGUCAAUUGUUUUUAAGAAUAUACAGUUAACUCUACAUUUUUAAAAAAUAAUGUACAGUUUUAAGAAUGUAGAGUGUGGACAUUCUUCAAAAGCGACUUGAUACACAAAAAAGCCCUUUUGACUUUAAAUUACAGCGUCAAACACCGUAAGAAAUGCUCUCAACAAUAAAGCAGAUUGUUUUAGACGUUCAGUACGGUUAACACUCAUUUUUUUGGAUUUGACGUGGUAACGUUUUCUGUUGAGAUUAGCGAUUUUCAAUUAAAGCGAACCGCU